CCCGCCCGCCGCCCGCCGCUGCUGCCGCCACCGCCACUCCUGCUGCCGCCACUCCCGCCGUCGCCACCAGCUGAGCCUGCAGCCCGGAGGAGAUCCCAGCCAUCAUGUCCAUAGAGAAGAUCUGGGCCCGGGAGAUCCUGGACUCCCGGGGGAAUCCCACAGUGGAGGUGGAUCUCUACACUGCCAAAGGUCUUUUCCGGGCUGCAGUGCCCAGUGGAGCCUCCACUGGCAUCUAUGAGGCCCUGGAGCUGAGGGAUGGGGACAAACAGCGCUACUUAGGCAAAGGUGUGCUGAAGGCAGUGGGCCACAUCAACAACACCAUCGCACCAGCCCUGGUCAGCUCGGGUCUCUCUGUGGUGGAGCAAGAGAAACUGGACAACCUGAUGCUGGAGUUGGAUGGGACUGAGAACAAAUCCAAGUUUGGCGCCAAUGCCAUCCUGGGUGUGUCCCUGGCUGUGUGCAAGGCAGGGGCUGCCGAGCGGGAGUUGCCCCUGUAUCGCCACAUUGCUCAGCUGGCUGGGAACUCAGACCUCAUCCUGCCGGUGCCGGCCUUCAACGUGAUCAACGGUGGCUCUCAUGCCGGGAACAAGCUGGCCAUGCAGGAGUUCAUGAUCCUUCCGGUGGGUGCCGAGAGCUUUCGGGACGCCAUGCGUCUUGGGGCGGAAGUCUACCACACACUCAAGGGGGUCAUCAAGGAUAAAUACGGCAAGGAUGCCACCAAUGUGGGGGAUGAGGGUGGCUUUGCCCCCAAUAUCCUGGAGAACAGUGAAGCCUUGGAGUUGGUAAAGGAAGCCAUCGACAAGGCUGGCUACACGGAAAAGAUUGUCAUUGGCAUGGAUGUUGCUGCCUCAGAGUUUUAUCGUGAUGGCAAAUAUGACCUGGACUUCAAGUCUCCUGCUGAUCCUUCCCGAUACAUCACCGGGGACCAGCUGGGGACCCUGUAUCAGGACUUUGUCAGGGACUAUCCUGUGGUCUCCAUUGAGGACCCAUUUGACCAGGAUGAUUGGGCUGCCUGGUCCAAGUUCACAGCCAAUGUAGGCAUCCAGAUUGUGGGUGAUGAUCUGACGGUGACCAACCCAAAGCGUAUUGAGCGGGCAGUGGAGGAAAAGGCCUGCAACUGUCUACUGCUCAAGGUCAACCAGAUUGGCUCAGUUACUGAAGCCAUCCAAGCGUGCAAGCUGGCCCAGGAGAAUGGCUGGGGGGUCAUGGUGAGUCAUCGCUCGGGAGAGACCGAGGACACCUUCAUUGCUGACCUGGUGGUCGGGCUGUGCACAGGCCAGAUCAAGACUGGCGCCCCGUGCCGUUCUGAGCGUCUGGCUAAGUACAACCAGCUCAUGAGAAUCGAAGAAGAGCUGGGGGACGAAGCCCGCUUCGCUGGACACAAUUUCCGCAACCCCAGUGUGCUGUGAUCCUGCCGCCUGCGUGACUCAGACCCUCUGGCCUGCCCUCCGAGAACCUCUUCUUGCUGUUCCAAUCCUUGAUCCUUUGCCCCCUUGUCCGGGGGCCCAGCACUUCCCUAACUUGCCCGCUCCAGCUGCUCCUUGGCUGCCCGGCCCCCUGCCCCCUCUGCUCUCCUCUCUGGGCCUGCUCUUUGCAGCUCCACACUCUCCCCUUCCCUUCCUUUCCAUGCUCUCUUUCUUCAAAAACUGGGACUAGGAAAGAUUGUGAGGGGGCCCACGGGACAGAGAAGAGCGUGUGACAGAGCAUCCAAGUUGGUGUGUGGGCGUUGGAGGCCCGCGUGUCACUGCUUGUGCUUCGCUCCCCUCCGUGUUUGCAGGUUGCAUGUGAGCCAUGAACGGUGCACAGUGCCCAGGUGCAGGGUGGGGCUGGCUGUGUGGUCAUGCCUGCCUAAGGCCUUAGUGUAUUUAUUUAUUUAAUUUAUUUUUCAUUCAUCCUGUUAAUUAAUCAUUUCCUCCUAACCCAAGGGCCUAAAGCUGGCCUGACUUGAGGGGACUGUGCGUCUGUAUUUCACGUGGCUGUGGGCCCUAGACGAGCCGAGUGGCAGGUCUUGCCAGGAUGGAAAGGGUAACAGAAGAGGGCUUGCCCUUAGUUCCUCUGUGUGCACUCAUGGAAGCCCGGCUCAGCCCAGAGUGGGGGCUGUGUGCCUGGGGGACUUGUCCUCUGUAACCCUCUCCCCAGCCUUGGGUUCCCCGCUCCUCCAGCUGCACCACAGCACCGUCCCACUCCCCGUGCCGUGUUCCACAUUGCCACCGCCUCUGUGGUGUUGAAAUGAGCACCGCCAUUAAAGUCUGAAUCA